GUUUUCAAUCUCUAGAUUUCCGCCAUCUUUUGUCAUAAUGAAGAUCCUUAUUGCCGGUGGUGCGGGCUACAUUGGUUCCCAUCUCGUCCGUGAGCUCCAUAAACUCGGAAAGCACGAGAUUAUUGUGCUGGAUAAUUUGUCUACUGGUCAUACCGCCGCUAUCCCGCAAGCGGUCACAUUUGAACAGGGCGACAUUCGCGAUAAACAACGCUUGGAUGAAGUCUUUGCAAAGCACAAGCCCGUAGCAGUGUACCACCUCUCGGCUUCUAUUGAAGUGGCACAAAGCUGCGUGGAUCCUCUAUCUUACUACGAAAAUAAUGUAUCUGGAACGGUCACCCUCCUUCAAAUCAUGCAAAAGUACGGAUCAAAGUACUUUAUCUUCUCCUCCACCGCCGCGCUCUUUGGCAUGCCGGAUCGCAUCCCCAUUGAAGCGGAUGAUACCACCAAACCCGUGAACCCGUACGGGGAAACCAAACUUGCGGUGGAAAAGAUCUUACAUUGGUGCGAUCAAGCGUUUGGCCUCAAGUAUGUCUGUUUGCGGUAUUUCAAUGCAUGUGGGGCGGAUGAAGCGGGUGAUAUUGGAGAAGAUCAUACGCCAGAAUCGCAUCUUAUUCCCCUGGUACUUCAAGUACCAGCGGGUAAGCGAGAGAAGGUCUUUAUUUUCGGGGAUGACUAUGAUACAGAGGACGGAACCUGUGUGAGGGACUACGUUCACGUGACCGACUUAGCCUCUGCUCACAUUCAGGCGUUGGACUAUCUCGGGGAGACCAACGAGUCCAACCGCUUCAACUUGGGCAGCGGGCACGGAUACUCGGUGAAACAAAUUAUCGAUGCCGCACGGCGAGUAACUGGUCACCCGAUCCCCGCAGAAAUCAAACCACGACGUGCUGGCGACCCAGCAACCUUGGUCGCAUCUUCCACCAAAGCCGAGAAAGUUCUUGGUUGGAAGCGAAAGUACGAUUCCAUUGAUAAGAUCGUGGCUACAGCUUGGAAGUUCCACCAAUUGCAUCCAAAGGGCUUCUAAACGGGAUGUAUUUUGUAGUUAGUCUAUGAAUAUUUUGGUUCGGGAGGUGUAUACUAGUAGAUAUCUAUUAAUUGAAUACAAGGUAUUCUGACGGAAAAAGUUGCAUACAUAACCAA